AUCGCAAAUUCGUCAGUAGCGUUUGAAAUUUUCUAGUGUCAAGAGAUUAUUUUUCAAAAGGAAUACGUGUAAAAAUGAUAAAAAUAAUCAAUAUGUCGUACAGCAUCAAUGCCAUUUUUAUGAUUCUGAUAGCCCUGCAAUUGCAAAGUAUCGAAUGUAAUCCUAUCGAUAAUAAAAAAGAUCUAACUAGAAUUCAACGAAGCAUACAUUUUCUUGGACCAAAUUCGGAGGAAUUAUCAGACUUUCAACGUUCUUGGAAGUUUCCUUACUUUCCGUCCAUCAGUUAUAUUUUCAAGGACAAUGACGACAUUGAUGACGAUGAUGAGGACAUACCCGACACAAAUGAGAGGCUCGAUAAAUUGGAAAAGACACAGAAAGAAAUUCUAACGCUUUUGAAGAAAUUGGGCGAUGAUUUAUUGGCUAUAAAGGAUCGAACAUCACAGGAACAAUCGAAUGAAAAUAAAGAAAGUUGUUCGACAAUUAAUGAGAUAAAAGAAACGACUAGUUUUCCAAGCAGCGAGAUAAAAACGACCACAAGAAAAAGUAUAGAAAUAGAAUCUGUCCCCAUAAUAACUAUCAGCACGUUCAACAAAACAAUCGCUGAAGAACCUACGGAAGUAGUUUUUCCAUCAGCAAACAAUAACAUGUUCGUGACUACGACACCUGCUUCAGAAACGAUCACCUUUGAGACAAUCGAGGAAAAUGAAAUUCCAUCGAUUUCAUUAGAAAAUCAAUCUCAAACAACUGAAAACGAUGAAAAUAUUACCGUAAAUCCUAAAACUAAAACCAACAAAAUAUCGAUCGAUUUAAUUGAUCAAAACAAUUCUAUAUCUGACAUAAAUUUUCCUGAAUCUUCUUCGUUUCCUAUUUAUGUGUAGGCACAAAAUAAAUUGUUUAAUAGUUACGUAAACGUUAAAUUAGUAUGAAAUAAUAACUCAUAAAAAAUCAUAUAUACGUUGACAGUGAUCGACUUUAAUUUUGUGUACAAUAAAAAAGAAAAAUAUAAAAAAAAAAAA